AUGGCAGACAACGAUUAUGAAAGAGCAAAGGAACAAAUUGAAGAUUUUCUUCGUAAUUUUUACAUUGAAGAUGAAAAUGAAUUAAAAACAUUUAAAUAUUUAAAAGAAAUUGAACAAAUUGCCAAAAGACAACAAAUUUCUUUUUAUAUAGAACAAGACGAUGUUUAUGUUCACAAUCCUGAACUCUAUACUUCAAUUAAUGGAAAUACUGUCCGGUUUCGUUUAUUUUUUAGUGAAGUUGUUCAGAAACUUGUUGAGGAAGCGCUUGGUGAUGAACAGCCAGCAGUAAUCGAUGCUUUAGAUGCUUUUUUAUUCCAACGUUUAUAUAUGGAUAAAAAAAUGCGUCUUGACAAAGGUGAUUUGACACAAGAAGAGGAUCCUCGUCGAAAUUAUCCGCCAGAAUUGCUUCGUCGAUUCGAAGUUUAUUUCAAAGUUCGGGAUGAAAUUAAGCCUUUGGCUGUUAGAGAACUUCGUGCACAAUUUGUUGGUAAACUUGUUUCUAUUAAAGGAAUUGUUAUUCGGGCAACAGAAGUGAAACCUUUAGCUAAUGUUAUUACUUAUAUUUGUGACACUUGUGGAGCUGAAGCUUUUCAACCGGUAAAUUCACUUUCGUAUAUGCCAGUUUUCAAUUGUCCUAGCAAUGAAUGUAUACAAAGCAAGGCAAAUGGACGUUUACAAAUGCAAAUUCGUGGUUCAAAAUUUGUUAAAUUUCAAGAAAUUCGAGUUCAGGAAACGACUGAACAAGUUUCGGUCGGAGGAAUUCCUCGCUCCUUAACUGUUUAUUUGACUGGAGAAAAUACUCGAAAAGCCAUUCCUGGCGAUACUGUUCAAGUUUGUGGUGUUCUUGUUCCUCAACUUCGAACAGGUUUUCGUCAGAUGGUUGGAGGGCUUGUGACAGAAGUAUUUUUGGAAGCACAUCAUAUUCAAAAUAAUCGAGACGAAAAUGAAGAAUUUUUGGAUGAUGAAUUGACUGAAGAGGAGAUUCAAUUAGUCAGUCAUGACAAUUUUUAUGAUCAUCUUGCAUAUAGCAUUGCACCUGAAAUUUAUGGUUUAACUGAUGUCAAAAAAUCGCUUUUGCUUUCACUCGUCGGAGGUGUCAAUAAAAAUGCAAGCGGAAUGCGCAUUCGAGGUGCAUUAAAUAUUUUGUUGAUGGGAGAUCCUGGAGUCGCAAAAUCUCAAUUAUUAACUUAUGUUGACCGACUUGCCCUUCGCUCACAAUAUACGACUGGACGUGGUUCAAGUGGUGUUGGAUUGACUGCUGCUGUGAUUAAAGAUACACUUACUGGUGAGGUAUCAUUGGAAGGCGGCUCUUUAGUAUUAGCUGAUCGUGGAAUUUGUUGUAUUGAUGAAUUUGACAAAAUGGUGGAGGGCGAUCGAACGGCAAUUCAUGAGGUAAUGGAACAGCAAACAAUUUCAAUAGCAAAAGCAGGCAUAAUGACUUCAUUAAAUGCUCGUGUUGCAAUAAUUGCUGCUGCCAAUCCAGCGUAUGGCCGUUAUAAUCCAAGUAGAUCAAUUGAAGACAAUAUUUUUACCUGCUGCACUUUUGUCUCGUUUUGA